AUGGCGUGUGUGGUGAAUGUAAUGGAAAACAACCAUCAGGUAAAUCACGGAGAAAAACAUCCUCAGCACUGGAGGAGCUGCAAGUUGAUCAUAGAUCCUGCGUUGAAUAAUGGGUUUUAUAAAGUGUAUCGUUAUGAUGGGCAACAUUUCAACAUGCCAGACUUAGGGGUAUUUCCUGUGGAUACUGUUCGGGAUCCCAGAAUCUGUCCUAUUUGGACCAAAUUCAGAGACACUGACCUGCUGGUCCCCAAAUUUAAGAUUGAUGAAUGCUAUGUCGGCCCUCCCAAGGAAGUGACAUUUGCCAGGUUAAAUGACAAUGUAAGGGAGUGUUUCUUGACUGACAUGUGCAUAAAGUACGGACAGAUUGAGGAAGUGGAAAUCUUGUAUAAUCCUAAAAACAAGAAGCAUUUAGGAAUUGCUAAAGUCAUCUUCGACACAGUCAAGGCUGCAAAGGACACUGUGGAACACCUUCAUGACACCUCUGUCAUGGGGAACAUUAUCCACGUGGAACUUGAUCCAAAAGGUAAAAACAGAAUGCGGUACUUCCAUCUCCUUGUUAGUGGACUCUACACCCCUUGGACAUUGCCACUGGGCAGUGAUGAGCAUACCCUCAAUAGCCUAACUGAGAGAUUGCAGGACAGCAAACCUCUGCAGAAACUGACUGAUGGGAGUUCAUCAUUGACAAGGUCUAUUUCCAGUCCCACCAGCGUUGCUACACCUUUCUCCCUGGACACAGCCUACUCCAGUAUCUGGCAGGACACACCGGGCAGCUUUGGGCAGACACCCCUCUCUCAGGGCACCCCUCACACCCCCUGCCUGUCUGGGACCCCCCUCUCUCAGGACUCUUGCUACUCCAGCCAGCACACCACCCCAGUCCACCAAGUCAGUCAGGGUGAACACUCCUCAUACGGUACUCACAGACGCUUGAGGCGCGAUGUCUGCUAUCGUCAACCAGGGAGAACUUAUAUGAGAUCCCACCAUCGGAGCUCAGAGCUGAGCUCUCUCCUCAAACACCUCCAACCUCACCGUCCUCUCCAGCCCCAAACCCAGGCUGCGGGCAGCAGCUACAAAUCUUCCUUCCUCUGGUAUCAGAACCGCCUGCCCUCGGCUGAUGAUAACCCUGCCACAGAGCCUCCCCUCCACCUCUCCCUUCCUGAACAGGAGUCCUGGAGGGUGCCCUCUCUACCUCCUGCCUCUGAGUCUUUCCCUCUGAGCAGCAGCUCUGCCAGUGCCACAAGUAUGAACGUGGUACCUCUGAAGGAGAGACCCCAGUCUCUCCCUUCUGGGCCCAAUGCGGGCAUUACAGAACCGACCCCUUCCACUCCCGAUAACUCUCCUGGAAGCCCCAUCCCAGAGGCAGAGAGCCACAGCCUGGACUCACGCAUUGAGAUGCUGCUCAGGAAGACUCAGAGUUCCUGCCUCCCUCUCCAUGGUAAAAGGGGUUUGGAUGCUGAAGUGCACUCUCAGGACAGCCCUGUUUCCCCAUUCUCCCCUGUCUCGAUGUACUCUCCUGAGUCUGACCGCACCCCAGCCCGUAGUGGAUCUCCCGUUAACUCUACCCACCACACCACCAGUGAUGGUCUGGAGGAUGUGAAUGGUCUGCCCGGGUGUGGCAGUGUGCCAGUGUCGUUUGCUGGGCAACCCUGGCCCCUGCCUCCCUUCAUGCCCACCUUCAACCCCUCUGUGCCCCCGCCAGGCUACCUGCCUCUGCAGGAGGACUCUCAUAAGGCCACAGUGGAAAAGGUGCUGGCAGUCAUUACGGAGGAGCUGAAGUCCAUCGUGAAGAGAGACAUCAACCGUAAAUUGGUUGAGGGGGUAGCCUUCAGGGCGUUUGAUGAGUGGUGGGAUGGCCAGGAGCAGAAAGCUAAGACUGCUGUAACUCUUGUGAGAGCCAUAGAGGGUAGAGUGGAGGUGAGGACCAAACCAAGAGACUCCCUAAGACAGAACAUUGGCCAGCGUGGUGCCACCAACCUGCCUUCCUUCAAGCAGAGGGAUGAAGAUGAUGACAAUGACCAAAAAGAGGAAGAAGUGGACGAUGAUGAAGAUGAAGAUGAAGAUGUGGUCUUCUCUAAAGUUACAACAGGAUUACAGUCUCCAAAUGAGGAAGUUGCCAAGGUAAGCCUCUCGGAGGUAGAGUCUUACUCCGCAGAAGACAGUGAAUACCUCUCAGAGUCUGACUCCUCAGACUCCUUCUCUGAGGAAAGUGAAGACUUCUCAGACUAUGACUCCAGUUCUAACCAGGAGACAGAGGAAGAGGAGGAGACAGAUGGAGAUGCUGAUGAGGUCAACAGGGAGGUAGAGUGUGUGGUGUUGUCAUCAGAUGAGGAUGAGAUGGAUCUGGAGCCCCCGGCCACACCCUCAGCCCCUCAUACCCCAGGCACAGAGCUGGACCUAUUGGAUGGUUCAGAGACGCUCCUGAGGGAUCAGCCUGGGGAGGAGAAGCACUCAGUCUGUCUGACUGGAGAUGUUUUUGGGCACACCAGCAGCACCAGCCAACCUGACCCAGGGAUGGAGCGCCUGCCCAGUGAGCACGACCAUGAUCUCCAGGCCCCCUCACCCAUAGGACUGCCAGUGGUGGAGCCUGAUUUUGAGGUGGAGAUAGAUAGCCCUGAAUGGAGCAUUGAGUCACCAGAUAAUGUGGAGAACCUCCGGCCUCUCACCCCUACUGGCUCUCUGGGGGACAGCGACUCAGACCUGCUGUUCAAGAGCAAAACAACCCCCCCUGCUGUGGAAGAGUUGGAACUGCCACACACUCCUGGUCGGGGAGCAGAGGCCCUCCUGGAGAGUGAGGAGGACUCUAUGGACCAUCUCCUCUCCCUCUCUCCCACAGACAGUGAGCCUUUGUCCCAGAGCCAUCCCACUCAUCCCCCUGCCUUAGCCUCAUACCCAGCAUACGAGGACAUGCCCAAAACACCAGGCAGAGAUGAGAGGGGUCUAUGGAAUCACCUUACCCCCUGGAGGGUGCCAGUGACACCGGGCAGAGAGACAGGCCUCACAGAGGGAGGCCUGGGGUUUAGUCCCACUCCCUGUAGCCCUUUCCCCCUCCCCUCCCUGUCCACCGGCCUCUACAUCAGGACCCCACGAACCCCUGGGAGGGACUUCAUCCCAACCAAGAGAACACACAGGAAUACUACACUUAUGGUGGCCUCUUCACAGAGGACUAAUGGUGCUCCUUUAUCCUGUGAUGAAUUGCUUACAGACUCAUCUGUUCUAGCUUCCUCUCCUAGCAGCCUGUCUGAGUCAUCAGCAGAGACUCCUGACCAUGGGGGUGUGUGGCUUAAUCCUAAUCCUGGGACCCAGAGGAAGAUGCCCCUGCAGGGCCUGGAGAACUGGUCAGGGCUGGCGGAUGUGGAGAACCAGAGAGAAAUGGAGAAGUGCUCUUGGAGGAGGGUACAACCGAGAAUGAGGCGGAGGAUGAGGCGGAGGAUGAGGCGAUGGCAAAGGAUGACGUCACUGCAGACAGCCAUGCCCUCUGUCUUCUCUGCCAGACCCUGUCGUCGGUCACGAAGUGAGGAGAUGACUGUCCUCCACAGUGUCUGGAGGGAGGGUCUGGAUGAGGAGGAUGCCAAGCUGCUGCAGGUCACCUAUGACAGGCUGCUACAGCAGGACAAUGGCUUCAGCUGGCUCAGUGACACUCUCUGGGUCCCCCACCCUCAUAUCCUUUACUACAGAGCUAAGAGGAAGGAGCUCAAUGAUUGGAUGCGGGACCAUGUGACAGGAUCUGCCCGCAGCGAGGGCUUUUACAAAAUCAGCAAGAUGGACAAAAUGAAAUACCUCAACAACACGUGUUUGGCUACAGACACCCAGGGGGUGAGUCUUUCAGCCCAGCCGCAGCCCUCCCUGCGGUCUGGGUCUGAGUUCAGGUCUGAACAACGCCGUCUGCUCUCCUCCUUCAGCUGUGACAGUGACCUGCUCAAGUUUAACCAGCUUAAGUUCCGCAAGAAGAGAAUUCGUUUCUGCCGCAGUCACAUCCAUGACUGGGGCCUGUUUGCCCUGGAGCCCAUAGCAGCAGAUGAGAUGGUGAUUGAGUAUGUGGGCCAGUGCAUCAGACAGGUGAUUGCAGAUAUGCGGGAGAAGUGCUAUGAAGAUGAGGGGAUUGGGAGCAGCUACCUGUUCCGGGUCGAUCAGGAUACCAUCAUCGACGCCACUAAAUAUGGGAACUUGGCCAGAUUUAUCAACCACAGCUGCAAUCCUAAUUGCUAUGCAAAAAUCAUCACAGUGGAAUCCCAGAAGAAGAUAGUGAUCUACUCCCGGCAGCCCAUCGGUGUCAAUGAGGAGAUCACGUAUGAUUACAAGUUCCCCAUUGAGGAUGAGAAGAUUCCCUGUCUGUGUGGAGCAGAGAACUGCCAGGGCUCCCUCAACUGAACUCUGAACCCUUGUCUCCAGCCCCCCUCUCAAGCAUUAACUCCUGACUGUCCUGCUGCCUUACAGUUCCUGACAUAGGAAAAAUAAUGCCUCCCUUUCCAACCAAGGUUCAUGAAGAGUGGAGCAAGCUGAAAAAAAAAGUGUUUUAUUGUUAAAACAGUUUGUGAAAAAAACACACCCCCACUGCACCAGGGAUGGGCGCUGUUCUCCUCUCCCUUAAAAGUACUAUACAGGAUGGGGUAUGAUAUUACCUUGCCCUGUUGAGGUGAUUUCUUGUGCAAAUGUGUACAUGAUGAGUUAAAUGUUUUCAUUCAUGAGAGCUAAUGCAGAUAUAUUCUGCUUGUGUCAAGCAUUUUAUUAAGUUAUUUUGGUAAUUGUUCUCUCAGGUUUGUUGUUUUAGGCAGAGUGGUCACUAUAUUUAUAAAUUAUUUGGUUCAUUAUGUCUUUUUCAUAAGUUCUCUCUCUCACACACAAACAAAUACUGUGAAUGAGGAAGGAGUCUCAAUGCAGUUGUAUUUUUUAUUACAUGCUCUUAAAAACUAAUGCUAAAAGUAGUCAAAGUAAAAAAGGUUACGAAAGCAAUUGGAGGAAUCAAAAUGAACAAGUAAUGUGUAAAAAUGCCUUUUAGUUCAUGGAAAGAAUACAUUGUGCGUCUUAUGUUGUGGUUUAUUACUUAGUUUCACUUAAAUAUGAUUAUUUUUUUAGAAGUAAGGCAAAUAAGACAAUAUGAAGCUAAGACUACAGAGUUAAUGUCAUACUUAAAAAUUGCUUGUUAAUACCAGAUUUUAUAACAUAGCUGGCUCAAAUCUAAUGAUGAUGUCUGCUCUGUUGCUGUUGCUUUGGAUUGUACAUCAACAUAUUUGAUAAUUCUUUGAUCAGUCACAAAAAUGUGUUUUCUAAGCCAGAAACAAAUACACAGCCUUCAGAAAGUAGUCACACCCCUUGACUUUUUCCACAUUUUGUUGCGUUACAGCCUGAAUUUAUUAAAUUGAG